UUGGAGAUGAAUGCUUUUUGUAAAUUUUUAUACAACAAAUUUUUCAAUGUUAUUUUACAGUUUUCUGGUUGCAAAGUACGCACAUACAGGAACUGGAACAUAUAUUUUAGACCAUUUGGCCAGUAAACUUUGCUGUAUACUAACCUAUACACAAACUGAUCUAAAGUAAGACCUGUUGUUGUCGAAUAUUACAAAAUGUCAUUUCUUUUGUUUCUUUAAGACGUACCUUUGUGUGGUUUUCUGUAUGCAGUAAUAAGACUGGAAAUCUCUUUAUUUAUCUAACUAAAGGUAUAUUUCCAACUCAAUAGAUUUCUAACUUAUAAUAUUUCAAAACACCAUCUGCUCGAGUUUACUUUUGACUUUCUUUGAAAAAGGUAAUGUUUAUUUAAUAUGAAUAUUAGCAGGUGUUCCAUUAGGAAUAGAUAAUUCUAACAACACUGUGCUAAUUUGUUUUAUAAUUUUCAACAUACAUACUAUCUCAGAGAAAUAAAAAAAUAAAAUUAGAAUAGGUGUGUUAUGAAAUAGCUCACACAUUGUUAAUAAUAUUUAUUAACAGUUGCUGUGUAGCAAUGUUUUAAAAUGGUGGUGUUUCGUAGGAGAGUGCAUAAAACUAGCUGUUGUGGUUAUGGUCAUAUUUUGUUCUCUGACAUAAAAAGAGCAAAGAAACUUGAUGGUGCGUUUUUUGAAGAAUAUGCUACCUUAAACGAAAAGCAAGAAGAAUUAAUCGAAGAAGCUGCAAAGGGUACAUUAAGGAGAGAAGCGCAACAAGUUGUCCCAAAUUCAUAUCAUGGUCGAAUAUUUGUCUAUCCAGAAAAGAAAAAGUCCCUGGAACUAUAUAAAGAAUUGGUGUAUACUAUCAUGUAUCGGUUAGGUAAAAAGAAGCAAGGAGGAGAUUCACUAACCGAUGGAGAGAUUUACUCAUAUGGGCGAGAGGUACUAGAUAUAAAUUCUAUCGAACAUAAAGAUAUAUAUGAAGAAGUAAAAUCCAUGAAACCUCCUGAAUGCUACCUUAACUUAAAAGUUAUAGCUGGUACUGAAUUGGAUCCAAAGGAUGCAAAUGGUUUAAGUGACCCUUACUGUAUGAUGUGUUUGAUAAAUAAUGGUGAAGGUGAUAAAAUUAGUGAUAAUGGAAACAAACGAAAGAAGAAACUUUUGCGACAAUUUAAAAACGAAAAUGAUGUAAAGUUGACAAAAAUCAAAUUAAAAACCUUAAAUCCAGAAUGGAACCAACAUUUUAAAUUCGUCGUUCACGAUAUUCAAAAUGAAGUAUUAAGAUUGGACAUGUGGGAUAAAGAUGAUAACACUGUAGUACUCGACGCUGAUAACACGAUCACUUCAAUUAAAGGAUUUCGUGGUGCUGGACGGUUCUUCAAAGAAAUAGUGCAGUCUGCUAAGAGUGGAAAAGAUACAUUGGAUGAUUUCAUGGGAUUGUUGGAAAUUCCACUCAGGAAUAUACCAGAGAAUGGUCUUGAAGCAUGGUUUCAAUUAGAGCCAAGAUCAAAAAAGAAAAAAGUUGGAGGAAAAAUCCACCUAAAACUGACAUUUUCCUCUAAGAAUCCGGACCAACUUUCUUCCAAUAUAUCAACAUUUCACUAUUCAAAUGAAGUGUACCAAGAAUUUGUUACAAACUUUGUGCGAUACGAUUGCCAAAAGGCUAAUGAUGUUGAGCCUGGUGUGUAUUGGGACUGCUGUUUAGUUGACAAGGCAGACAGUGUACUGUUGCAAUUUGAAAUGCAACACGAAAUAACUCGACUUGAACAAACUGUAAUAAAAUGGAAGGCUUAUAGCAAACUGUUUGAGGAUGCACAAAUCCCAUUAGAUUUUAUAAAUAAAUUAUUGGAAGAUUAUCAAAAGUACUCGGUUGGGGAUCAGAUUGAGUCGAAAGAGGAAGUUGAAGAAUUUUUGGUAUCUCUUACAAGAUUUGCGGACUACUCACUAAGGCUUUUGCACAAGUAUCGUUAUCUAUUUUCUGCGGCUGACACACAAAAAUGCUUACAACUUGGAAAACUCUUAAUGAGUCUUCUGAUUAUAUACAAAAUACCUAUCUUUAAAACACGUUUUCCAGACAGGUGGUUAAACAAAGAAAUAAAUGAAGCUGUUGAAAAAAGUACUGCAGAGUGGUUUUCAGUAAUGGUAGCGCAUCAUCAAGCCAUCGAAAAUUCACCAUAUGAUGUAUUGCAUGAGUUGGUAGGUCUAACGAAUACAAUGAAUGCUGAUUUGAAGAGGGGAGAGACGAUAUAUAAACCAAUAUUUGACAUAGUGAGAGUUCCUUAUUUAAUGAUCGUUUUCAACAAAGUAGAAUUAUUGAUUUCCAAUAUAAUUGAAAACAGCACAAAAGGCUUGGAGAAAGAAGUCAUGUCUGGAAAGACGACAGAUGAUCAUAAUAUAGGAACUGCUAUGUUUGAGCUCUACCUUGCUGUGAGAAAUUUGUAUGGCUUAAAGCAAAGUUUACCAAAAGAAGACCGAAACGUGGGAGGUAUAGAUCAUUAUAGUGACUGGUUUAAACGCGGGGUUGUUAAAUGGCUGGACAUUGCAUCGGAGAAAGCAAAAGCACGAAUCAAGAAGGCUGUCCAACUCGACGAGGUUCGUGUCAUUGAUGCGAUGGUUAAGCACUCCACCUCAGCUGUUGACGUGUCAUGUUGCUUAGGACAGAUCUGCAUCUUCUGGAAUCGUUUGGAUUGGCCAGAUGCCAGCGGUGCUUUUAUGUUCUUGACUAAAAUUACUGAGAUAGUAGGUGACUGCGCGAGAGAAUAUGGUGAGAUGGUAUUGCAGCAACUUAGAGCGAAAGGUUUUUAUGAUGAUAUUGGACAAUUUGACGUGACCGAUCAGCUGUGCAUCAUGAUGAAUAAUCUCUCACAUGUGUUGCAGUUUCUUGAUUACGUGCCACAAGCACUUGACUACGAGAAGGUGCUGUCCAGCAUGGCGAUCGUGCAUGGUGAAUCUCGACUUCCUCAGUUGAAGACAACACUAGAGAAAAUUUUAACUUGUGCGAAAGAUGAUGUUCACAAUAGAUUGGAAAAGAUUAUGGACCAUGUUGGUGAAAGAAUGAAAGAUAGUUUGAACAGAUAUCUUAUUAAAAUCGUGACACAACACUCAAAAGAUGUUGCAUCGGUCGUUGAUCCUUUGUUGGAAUAUAUUGACAACAACUUGGUGACGUUAAAUGCUGCGUUACUUUCACAAGUAUUCGACAGAGUGUUGCUGCAUUUCUGGGAGACAUUCGUGUCCACGUUACACGACCUUGUUCUUAAAAACAGAAAAAAGCUGUUGCAGUUACAUUACCUCAAAAUCUCUGAAAUUCUCGAAAUUGUUCGUGAUUUCUUUUAUGGCGACGGAGACGGUUUAUCUUUAGAACAACUGUCGGCAUCAUCAUAUCAAGACAUGAACAAUAUCCUUUUGUUAAACAAAGCAACUACGGAAGAAUUAAUCGAGAGAUUUUAUAUGGAUAGAUGCGAAGAACAGAGAGGAGCUGAUUCCAAAUUGGGUAUUUUAACUUUUAAAGCUUUUUAUUGCAAACAAACAAGAAAACUGAAUGUAUACGUAAUGAAUUGUAAAAAUUUGCUACCAAUGGACAAAACAGGCGCUUCCGAUCCUUACGUCACACUACAGCUGUUACCACAUCACGUGUUUGGGCAAGCUAAGUUAAAAAAAACAAAGGUGGAGAAGAAUACGUUGUUUCCAUUGUUUGAUGAAAGCUUUCAGUUUGAGAUUCCGCCUCCGGACUGUUUAAAAGAUGGCGCUACUUUAUUGUUCACUGUAUACGAUCAAGAUCGUCUGUCUGAUGACGACUUAGCUGGAGAAGUGUAUUAUGACUUGCAGAAUAUUACUGGGCUAACAUCAGAAACAGUGGAGGGUUCUUUCGCUACCGUCCCGCAGAUUGAAAUGCCACUCAUGAUAGGUGCACUAAAAUCUGAAACGAUAAAAGUGCUUAAGGAUCGUCGUCCACAAGAUCAACUAGCAACACAGUUCGUCACGAAACAUAAACAACGGCUGAAAGAAAUGAAUGAGAAUCUACAAAAAGCGUUGCAGCAGUUGGCACGAUAACUUUCGUCGUGAUUUUUUUGUAGGCUUGCAAGAUAAAACUGCGAGUUCGUUUUAAGGAGAUUCGCGGAAUUCAUAGUUUAUUCGAACGCGAAAAUUUGUGAGAUGUCCGAUGAAAAAUUGAAUUAGUUAUCCAGGAAAAUUAAUUUUUGCGAAAUGUUUUUCAAUAUUGCCCAAACCGCGAAUCUUUUUCAAAAAUUUUUCCUACUAUUUCCUCGACGAAUAUUUUCCUCAAAAUCUGCGAUGACAUUUAGUUCAGUUCCUCCGCGAAAUUUAAACUUUUCUAAUUGGCAUAUUAGUAAAUUACACUUGUCGGUCGAGUUGUCAGGAAUGUUUUUUUUAUUCUGCGCUCAGUUUUUGUUUAAACUUUUUGCUUGUGUUUUUUAACUCAAAAAUGUUUUAAUGUAUAGAUGCAAUUCGAUAACAGAAUAUUUGACACGUGUUUUGUUUCAUUAGUUCUGAAUUAUAAAAUUAUUUUUUUUUUUUUUUUAUUUUAUGACGUUUUAAGGAUUUAUUUAAAUAUUUUUUUGUUGGAAUGAAUCAAUGUAUGGUCUAUCUGUUAUAAUUGCCACACCAAGUAGCUAUUUCUGUGGCACAGAACAAUUUCUGAUUUCUUGCUAAUUUUUAUUAAGGGUGGCGAUUUUCAACAAAAUAUGACUGAAGUUUUAUCCCAAUUUAUUUAUAUGUAGAAUUAAUUAUUUGUAAGAUAUUUGUACAAUAUGUUAAAAUGAGGUUUUGUUCCAAAAAUAUAUUUCUUUAAAUUUCA